UCACUUAACCCUCACAACACAAAAAAGAAAAGAAAAAAAAUCCCUUUCUCUCAUCUCGUAAUCUGAUUUUUCCGUCGAGUUUUAAUCGGAUCAAAAGGAAAACUACUGAAAAUUUCCAGCAAAAUCCAAGCCCUCCCAUACACAAAAUGGACGCGUAUCAGCAGCAACAACAGCAACCGCACCGCUACAUGCGACCGCCUCCGCCGCCGCCGCAGCAACAACAACCUGCUCCCGCUGAUCCCCAUCUCCAACAACAACAUUAUUACCAGUAUCAGCCACCUCCGAGAGCUGCUGCUCCGCCGCCGCCGGGGUCUUGGUACUCCAAUCAAUUUCAAUUUCAGUACCAGCAGCAGCAUCACAAUCAGUCUCAUUCUGCCCCACCGCACCACCCUCCUCCUCAUCCUCCUUCCGCUCAGCAACCGCCUUCCCAGUGGGGUCCGCAUCCCGAUCAUUCCGCUUAUCCUCCGCCUCCUCCUCUUCCUUUCCCCCCUCACCCUCAUAACGGAAGUAACCACUUCCUUCCACCCCCGCCUCCUCCCGUUCAUAGACCUUACAUGCCUCCUUCGCAGAUUCCCAACACUUUCUCUCACGUCAAUCAGGAAUGGAGCAAUACAAAUUGGUCUCAUCACCAAGCCCACAACAACGUGGAAGAUUGGGGAGCCAAAGCUAGAGAAUGGGCAAACACUAGGGCUGCAAUGCAGGACCAGCAGGUCGAAUCACAAAUUACUCCAGCUGGCAGGCCAGAAGAGCAAAAUCAUUUUCAUGAUCCAUAUUCACAAGCUGUUGAUUCUCAUUAUAUGGAUGCUCAACAGUCACUGCCAAUUGCUAGCUAUCAGCAGUUCCCUGUUCCGGCAGCAUCUCCUCAUGGCCCUCCAGCAACUUAUCCAAAUGAGACUUUGUCUAACAGCUCCAGACCGUUUUCAUAUUUUCCUGAUGCUUGUCCGCCUUACCAUGUUAGAGAUGGAACUUCACUUAUGGAUCCGAACAGUGGAUUUCUUCACCAAGAAAGUUUGUCUGCCAGUUCAUCUUUUCAUCUGCAGGAGGUACCUUCUAGUUAUUCUUCAGUUUCAGGGAAGGAAAAGUCUGCAGAUGAAAAGGAUCAGUCAUAUAAGUCAUUGCCCUUGCCGGUUUCAUCAGCUCAAGAUUCAGCAUAUCAUAUGCAACCUCCAUUGCCUGAUAUUGGGAGAUCAGUGCUUGGUGAGCAGUCUUUGUCGUAUGGCAGUCAAGCAGGAGAUCCUGCAGCUGAUCUUAGCGAUCGGCCUUUAGAUUUUGCACCUAGGUUUAAUAAUGAUCAUGACCGACAAAUGCUAUCCAAUUAUGCUGCUCAUCAUGAAUCAUUAGGAAGAGGCGUUGAUCCCAUUGCUAUUUCAUCUUCAUUUAACUCCUGGACUCCUCCAGUUGCACCUGAUGCAGUUUAUCCUCCUGUUCUUCCACCUGGAGCACAGCAUGAUCCGAUGUCUGCACCUUCCCCCGUUUCUGGACACACGGCACCUUCAUUUCCAAGGUUUCCUGGGCCUAGUUUUCAGCCACAUAUUCCAUCUGCAACUGCUCCUUUUGGUCUUGGUGUAGGAGCUCAACUUCAUCCUGCUGCAGCCUUUCCUGGUGAUAUGUAUGGAGCCGUUUCUGAACGACCCAAAAAGGGUCCUGUGCCUAAUUGGCUUAAGGAAGAAAUAUUAAGGAACAAAGCUACUAUAGCUAAGUCUUCUCUAGAACAUCCAAAAGAAGAGACAGAAUCCAUUGAGGAUGAAGCUGUUGAUAAAUCCUUGGCUAAAAGUGAUCAAGCAGAUAGCAAAAGCGUUGAUUCUUCUAGAUCAACUGAAGAAGAUGAUGAUGAUGAGGAUUAUGUUGAAGCAGCUAGAACUGCAGCUAUUAACCAGGAAAUAAAACGUGUGCUAACUGAAGUCCUUUUAAAGGUCACAGAUGAGUUGUUUAGUGAAAUCGCAACCAAAGUUGUUAACGAAGAAGAUUCAAUAGUUGACGUUGACCACAGCACUGUUGCUUCAAAUCACAAGGUAUCACCAUCUUCUUCACUUGUCCCAUCUCCUAAGGCUUCUGCAAGGGUACUGGUUCCAGGUAAAGCGAAAGAAUCAUACACUGCUGAAGAAAAAUCUAGUUCAAGCUCCCCUGGCAAUGUGCUAGGCCUUGCAAACUAUGCCUCUGACGAUGAAGAUGUGGAUGGUGAAACACAAAGUUCCAGGAUGCCAGAUUCAAGGAGUAAUGAUGCUGUUGUGCAGUCCAGCAGUAAGAAGCUUUCACAAGACAGUGAUGUAACAGAUAAUGGCAAUUCACAGGCGGUACCUGAUGAGCACUGGGGAGUUGAAAAGAAUUUUGGAAGUGAUAUGAAGUCAGAUAACAGAAGCGACACUGCUGAUGAUGGUGCAGUUAGGAACUAUGAAAAAUCAUUUUCUUCCAAGGUGGUUUCUGGAUAUGAAUGUAAUAUUAAUAGUGGAAAGAUGCAAGAUGGAAAUAAUGGUUCUAUGAUGAACGAUACUUUAGGGGAACGGGUGACAAAAAAAUCUGAUUCCGAGCUGCCUGAUGAAUCUGCUGGUAAAAGAUCAACAAAAUCUGAAUCUCAAAAUAGGGAAACGAGAGUAAAAUCAGAUAAGAAUGAUCGACAUGAAAGUAGAAAGAGUUAUUUCAGUAAAGACCCUGGUAGUGGUAGGGAGUUGGAGGUCAUUAAGAGUAGGGGAGAGCAGAAGGGAGUUGAAAAUUACAUGAGAGAGGAUGAGAGGCUUAGGAAGAAAAAGAUAGAAGCUCGGAAUGGCUCAAAAGAGAUAGAAAAAGAGCCUAAAUCUGCAGAGAAAGCCAAGGAAUCUGAUUCAAGAAAAAGAUCCAGUCAUCAUGAUGCCAAGGAUGACAAGAAAGAUGCAAGUAGAUCUAAUAGAGCUGGUGCCAAAGAAGAUGUUGGCAGGAAAAGAGAACGGACAAAAGAAGAAGAUAGAUCAAGACAUAAACAUGGAAGUGACUCAAGCAGGCACAAGAGAAGAAGGUCCUUGUCCAUUAGCAGUAGAGGCAGAAGGAGCAAGGAUGACUCCACUGAUAAUUCUAAUGAAUCUAGUGAUGAAACAUCAGACUGUUCUAAGAGGAAGUCACGUUCAAGAAAACGGUCAUCACCUUCUCCUUUCAAGUCUAGAAGAAGACAAGUUUCGCGGUCACCACAUAGCAAGCAUUCUCAGCGCUGGCAUUCUCCCUAAUCUUCUUCUGAGACUACCAGGGGAAGGAGGUCAAGGUCGAGAUCACCUGUUCGGCGAUAAAGAUGCUUGAAACAAAGAGUUUCAUUGUUUCAUUUCGUUUAUACAGGUUGACGAGCAUCUAAAGACAUCUCUGCUCUGUGAUAUCUGGAACACCUCUUGAAAUCUGCAAGUCACUCGUUAUCCAGCAACAAAUGAGAUGCAUGAUGAAGAGGAAACCGAGAUAGGUAUGCCGUAUGGUAGAUAUGUUUCAAUGAUUAUUCUAUCGCAAUGCUCACAAUUCGAUAGUCGAACCCGCGAUUUGGCACUCUCUCAUGAAAUAUUUUGUGCACGUAUAUCUCCUCUUUCCAUUGCCUAGUUUUUUAUUUAAUCUUUUCCCAGUUUGUGUUAGUCAUAGGCAUGCAAUGUGAUUUCCUUGUAACUUUUGUACCAUUUCAUCUAAUUUCAGUUGGCAGCGUGUAGUCAGCUUUCUA